UUAUUAUUAUUAAAUCAAGAAUGUGGCUUUUAAGGAAUUUUUGUGCUUUGAGAGGUUGUAGCUGCAUUUACGUUCAUACAGUGAGCCGUUGGCUGUCCUCCUCUUUAAGCGAUAUAAGUAAAUAUAAUUCUAAUUUUCAAAUUAUAACCAAGCUGAACAAAAUGCGUGCAAACCCAGUCGUAAGGAAAUUAAAUACUCCAGAAUUUCGCAGCAUAUUCACAGACGAAUUAAAAACUCUAGUGGGUAUAUUCUGCAAAUACAAUUAUGAGUUACGUAUAGCUGGCGGGGCAGUACGUGAUAUAUUAAUGGAAAUAACACCAAAAGAUGUAGAUUUUGCGACGACUGCCACUCCGGAGCAAAUGAAACAAAUGUUUACUUUAGAAAAGAUAAGAAUGAUAAAUCCUAAAGGUGAAAAGCAUGGCACGAUCACUGUCCGAAUAGGCGAUAAAGAAAAUUUUGAGGUGACCACAUUACGCAUUGAUGUAGUUACUGACGGACGGCAUGCAGAAGUUAAGUUCACCACCGAUUGGCAGCUGGAUGCUAACAGAAGGGAUUUAACCAUAAACUCCAUGUUUUUAGGGUUCGAUGGUACUCUUUACGAUUACUUCUAUGGUUACGAAGACUUGCAGCAAAGACGUGUGAAAUUUGUGGGUGAUGCUAAUAAGCGAAUAAAAGAGGAUUUUUUGAGGAUUUUAAGAUACUUUCGCUUUUAUGGGCGCGUAGCUCCUGAUGCUGGUAGACAUGAUGAAUUAACUUUGAAAGCCAUUAGAGCUAAUGCGCAAGGCCUUGCCAACAUAAGCGGUGAAAGAAUAUGGGGAGAAUUACAAAAAAUGUUGCUGGGUAAUUAUUCGGAAGAAAUAAUGCUUGAGAUGAUAAACUCCGGAUUAGCCGUGUAUUGUGGUCUCCCUCUGAGGCCAAAUGUAUUAGAAUUUAAACGUCUCUGUUUAGCGUUGAAAGACUUUGAAAACCCUCAUAAGCCCAUACUUUUUAUGAUUUCGUUAGUGCACUCCGUGGAAGAUGCAGUAAAAAUGCAUGAGAGAUUAAAAUUCUCAGCAUUUGAAAGAGACUUAGCAUUCUUUAUAACACAACAACGAGAAAAGGUGGAUGAGGAUUAUGUGUCUCUAAGAGAUUACCAAAAGUUGUGCUUGCAGACCUAUAUCCGACGGGACUUCGUAGAAGAACUAUUGAAGUACAAGCACAAAAGAGAAUUGUACGAUAAGUUAAGAUCCUGGCGAAUUCCUCCGUUUCCAGUGAAUGGCAAUAUACUGAAGGAUAGGGGAUCUAUCCCGACCAGAAAAAUUGGUUUGGUUUUGGCUCAAUUAAAAUUAAUUUGGGCUGACAGUAACUUUCAAUUAAGUAGCGAGGAAUUGUUAGAAAAACACCUACCGGAAGUUAUGGAAAACCUGGUCACACCGCCCCCGUCGCCAAAUUAUAAGAAAAUCAAGAAA